AUGAUUAAAAGAGAUUAUUUGUCAUUUCAUUAAGUGUUUGAAUAAAGAGUAUAGUUUAAAAGUCAUCAAAGAAGAAUUGCUUAAGUAAGAGGUUCAAGCUAUAAUGACUCAGAUUAUUCAAAGUUAAUUGAUUAGAUAACAGGAUUUUAACAACGGAUGAGAUAAAGAAAUCAUUAAAUUUAAGAAUAACAAAGAUAAGCAAAAAAUGACUUAAUGUCAUAAAGGAUAAGAUCUAUUCAGAAAACUGAACCAAAAUUACAAUUAAAUGACCUAAAAAUAUUUAGUUCUAGGAAGUAGUUUUAGAUGCAAUUCGAUCGGGAAGUAUCAAAAUAAAAUAGUCGAUUAAGAGAGCGAAUAAAGUCAAUGUAUGUAAUUAGGAAGUAUAUAAAGUGAGUCCCAAAUAAAUAGAAAAUCUUUGAAUUAAGAUUUUGAGAAACAUUAAAUUACUUUAGAGAGAAUGUAGAAGUUUAAAAGGAAAAAUAAUAGAUGUGUGUUAAAGUCGUUAGAGAGAAUAGAAAAUUGUGAAUCAUAAUAGCAAAAUAAACAUCUUAAAUGCUAUACUCAAACAAUAAAAACUGAGCCUGAUCAAGAACCUAGUGCUUGGAGAUCCAACACUAAUAAAGUACUGAGUUUUAUAAACCUAAUUGAUUGA